AUCAUGGAGGAGGCUGACCUGCUGAAGGAGAGGCUCCAGGCCAUCACGGACAAAAGAAGAAUCCAGGAAGACAUCGCCAAGAAAAGAAGAGAAAUCGAGGAAGAGAAACUGAAACUCCAGUACAUAAAGAAGAAGGCUCUGAGGGAGCAAUGGCUGAUGGAUGGGCUGACCCAGCAGUCAGAGGAGGAACAGCAGGCCCAGAAGCUUCAGGCUCAGGAUGAACAGCAGCAGAGUGAUAAACUGCAGAGCAACAUCCACAGAAUGGAGAAGGAGAUCGAGGCUUUGGAAGCACAGGAGCUCAACAUCUCUGCCAAUGAAGAAGUUAUUCUGAAGCGAUUAAAAGAGGUGGAGAGGACGGCUGAGGACAUCAUCAAGGAGAUAAACGCAGGGUUCAACGCAGAUGUGACACAUCAUGCUCCCUCACCACUGCAAGAUAUCUCAUCAUAUAUCCAGCUGACACCAGCAAAAAGCUCUCCCAUAUGUCAGCCUGAUAGUGAAGAACCAAAGAAAGCUACAUUUGCAAUGGAGAUCAGUGUGGAGCAUGAUAGAAGAACAGGAAAAAGUCAGGUGGUCUCCACAGCAACUAUCACCCCAGAAACCCUUCAGGAGAAGGGGUUAAAGGUGUAUGACGAUGGGCACAAGUCUGUCUAUGCCUUGAACCAAGAUGGAGGCAAAAUGCAUAGUGGAGCAGUUGGUGAGAUGACGCACACAGAAGUAGACGAGCUGCUGCGUCAGGCCAUAGAUAAGAAUGUGCCCAGUGAGGUACAGUACCACCAGCCUGUCUACUCUGCACCCUACACUGGAACCAGCAGGCCUUCAACACCCAGGACGCCAAAUAAAACACCAAGGCAAACCCCAACACCCAGCCCCAGCCCUUUCCAGAGGGCCAUCUCACCUAGAAAUGGAGCUCAAAGUCAGUUUGGCCACGAGCUAGAGGGACAGAAAAGCCUAAGCAAAACACCUAGCCCUAACCUCAUCCAACCAGACUCCAUGUCAAGAGUCCAAAGACAUGGGGAAGAAAUGAAGCAGGCCUAUGUCCACAUUCCAGGCCAAUUCAAGAUUGACACGCCUCCAAUUCCACAGCCUUGCUCCCCUCAUUUUGGUGCCAAAACUCCUCAAGGUCUAACCAAGAAAAAGAUAGAUGCAAUCAGUCCAAACCAGGCAUCUCUAGUAUCAGUCAAAGCCACGUCUGAUGGAAUACCAGCACCCAUACAGCCUGUCUACAGAGAUUUAGAUGGCCUUAGGCCUUCACCGUCCAGCCACAAAUCUGAAUUAAACCCUGCUGCUCUGAUAGAGAGCUCAAUCAAUUUAAACAGUGCAGAGAGUACUACAUCCCUGAAACCUGUCAAAACCCUGCCAGGACAGUCUGACUCCCCAGUCACUAUGAUCUUCAUGGGCUACGAGAAUGCAGAUGAUGAGGAGGAUGAAGACAUCCAUGCUGAGUUGGUGGUCAUAGGCAACAGUGAUGAAGAAGUUGAUGAGGCCAACUAUGUUGAAAAAGAAAAUGACGAGGAGUGUCUCUCAUUCCACCCAGAGGGAUAUAAGAGCAAGGUGUUCCAACCCAAAAUGGGUAUAGCCAAAGUUACUGGCUGCAGAGACAUUAUUGAAGACGCCUAUACAAACAGUGAUGAUCUGGGGCUCCACAAGCCAACGUUCAUCCACAAACCGGGAAAGCACAGUCCCUACCUGCAGGGACGGGGCAUAGAUGAGUCUACAAACACAGGCAGCAUUAAUAUGGAGAAGAUGAAGCUCUGCUCAACAGGAAGAUAA